CAUUCUCUCAUAUUCCCUCUCAUCCUUACUCUCUCUUCUCUGAUCACUCCCUCAUUUUCUUUCAUUUUCCAUCACUUAAUUUUCCAUCAUCUUCAAUCUCUCUCUUAUAACAUCCUAUUGUUCUUUACUCAUCUCAACUCGCCAUUAUUCACAGCAUCUUCACAGCCUCACUCUCCUCACCUUCUCCCCUCAUACCUCACACACACACGCUUUUGUCUCAUAAAGGACCCCCCGGGCAUGGCGGCGGCGACGAUGGCGGCCGCUGUGGUGUUUGCUGCCUGCGCCACAGCCUCCUUGCCCCCCACGCCCACCACCUACCGCCCCUCGUGGAGCACCGCCGCCCACGCCGCGUCGCCCGCCGCCGCCACACACGAGGCGGGGCAGCCUUCUGGGGGUCGCCAUUCCGUCACUCAGGAUCAGCCGCAGGGCCCCGGCACGGUGAGGCCCCGGGAGGGGGCGUCUUCAGGAGGUGUCGGUCGGCUGGAGCGCGUGGUGCUGCGGGAGGAGGUGUACCAGGGCCAGGCCAGGCUGGUGUACAGGCUGGCACCCGGGGCGAUAUUCGCUGGCGUCAGGACCCACCGCCUGCCCGGCGGCCCUGACGCGGGGCGGCGAGACACGCGGGGCGGCAGCGGUGCCAGGCCGCCCAAGAAGUACCAUGGACACGACCAUAAACGCCCGAGGAAGCCGGUGAAGACCAACACGAAGCCGCCCGGCUUUGUAGCGGCCGGCUGGACGGUGACGUCCCCAGACCUGCAGAGGCACAGGCAGCCGCCGCCCGCGCCCCGCCGCCCGCCGCCGCGCUGGGACCCCCUGGCCAGCCUGAGGGCGAAUUUGGCGACCCUGUCCUCGGCGAGCCUCGGGGCGGUGCGCAGCGUGCGCCUCAUCGUGAUGAUCAUGCAGUACCUGGGCUUCAUCCCGCCCCUGCCGGGCCUUCCCGCCCACGGGGACCCCGUGCACAGCAGGCCCUCCACCCAGUACACGCUGGACAGGGGCGAGGCCUCCCGUCUGUGAACGGCGCCCCAUUCCCCUCAACAGGCAGGCAGGACCAUCGCCCCCGCUGUGCCGGGGCCUGGUGGUGCUGCAGGAAGCAAGGAACGCCUUGGCGGCCGCGGCACCAACAACUGGCGGGGCCGCGGCGCCCCAACGAUCACUGUGUGACUCUCCGCCCUUCUCUGCCACAGUACCGGACAACACGUAAUAUAUUAGCAAUAAAGAACAAACAAGUAAAAA